AGGCUCAGCACUGGGGAGUCUUUGGGGUGCAGAGCUGGCAUUUCACGGUCAGCUUUGAGGCUGCACUUCCUGCAGAGCCGUGGCUGUGCUUCCGGCAUCUGGUAGUGGCUUGUGCGCACUUCCCCUUGAGAAGUAUCAUUUCAGUUGCCCGUGGAAGGACCAUCAGGGAGUGACUGCCCGGGACCAGCCAAAUCUCCCACCUCUGCUCUUGGCUCAGACACCCAGGAGGAGCGGUUUUGCUGUCGGCGGCACGUUGCACAGGUCCAUUUUUGGGCAGCUGGCUGGACACCACGGAGAGCAGGUAUGUCUGUGCUGCAGAAAAUGGUUAUUGUGGAGACAUGAACCCAGUGCUCACCCGUGGUCCUGUCUCUGGCCUGGAUAUGCCUGCAAGGAAGGGGCUGUGGGGAACACAGAAGCCCCCCUUGUGAGGGGCAGGAGUGGGUCCCUGUCCUUCAGCUUUCCCAGUGCAGUGGUGAACCCCCAGCCUGCUGCUCCUGACACCAAGACAGAGGCUGUCCUGCUUUCCUGCUCGUGCACUCGUGGCUACCUUGGCCCAUGGAGUCAGGUACUGAGGUGCUGGGCAUGCUGUGGGGAUGAAAAAAACCUUUUCCUUGACUAGCUUUAUGUGAGUCCUUUUAGAUGGAGGACAGGAACGUCACCCACAGCUAGGGCUAUUGAAGAAAGGUGCGCACACACACAUGUGCACCAGUUACCACUUCUUGGUCCUCCCUGCCAGUGGAGAUUUAGUGCUCUUGAAGCCUCAGAGUCCCUGGACCACCAGGGAGCGAGUGCCUGGCCAGCCAUGCAGCACCUGCAUGCUCUUCUCCCCAGUGAUGGCGGGGAGGCUUCCUGUGGGGAGGCUGCUGGGCUCUCUGCCCACGUGGGGAGGUGGUGUGGGAGGCGUGGGAGCCGCUUUACUGGUGCACAGCUUCUGCUCUGGAGGGAGUCAGAGGCAGGCUCAGGGCUGAGAUGAAGAAGCUUUGCCACCACUCAUCCGUAGCAUCAUUCACAGAUGCUAAAAGUGCAGCAGGCAGAGCGUGGCACCUGGCACAGCAUGUGUUACCAGCUGGCCCUGACCUGACCUGCGUAACUGUGACAGUGUCAGGAGCAGAGCACAGCAAUAAGGCCAUUGAACGGUUUGGAAAGGAGACCCAUAUUUCAGGUCUAUAGUGGGAAGGUGGCAUGAGGAAUGCAGUGCCGGAAGCGCACGCAGGUGGUGCUGGCCCUGUGCCUGCUGCUUGUGCUGUGGCAGUCUUUCCAAGCCUCCAUUUCUGGCCUUGGCCACCUUCUGUUCACUCCCUCCCUCUUCGCUGCCCGUCGCCCACCCCAGCCCACCACCCGCUGCUCCCCCAAUACCAACACCUCCGUCUGGUUCAACGCUCACUACAAUGCAGCCGUGGGGACCCUGCUGACAGGCGCAGCCCACGAGCUCUCCCCGGAUGUGGUUCAAUGGUGGCUGACCCUGCAGGGCCCCCCCAGCAGCACCCAGCUCCAGGCCAUAAUCCAGGAGCUUUUCACUGUCCUUCCGGCCCCGAAGGGAAGCGUCUGGGACCCAUCCCAAUGCAGGCGCUGCGCGGUGGUGGGCAACUCAGGGCGGCUGAAGGGGUCCCGCCAUGGCCCACAGAUUGAUGCCCACGACUGGGUGCUGAGGAUGAACAGAGCCAAGACAGCAGGAUUUGAAAUGGAUGUUGGCGUGAGGACAACCCAUCACUUCAUGUACCCAGAGAGUGCAAUGAACCUCUUGCCUGGUGUCCACCUUGUCCUAGUCCCCUUUAAGCCUCUGGACCUGAAGUGGGUGACCAGUGCCUUCUCUACAGGAGAGCUCUCACACACCUACAUGAGAGUGAAACAGUUCAUCAAAGCUGACAGAAACAAGGUGCUGAUCCUGAACCCGGCUUUCCUCAAGUACAUCCAUGAGACCUGGCUGCAGGGCCACGGCAGGUACCCCUCCACUGGCUUCACAGUGCUGCUCUUUGCCUUGCACGCCUGCCAAGAGGUCUCUGUGUUUGGCUUUGGAGCAGACAGCAAAGGGAACUGGCAUCACUACUGGGAAGAAAACCGUUGGUCCGGAGCCUUUCGCAGGACAAGGGUCCACGACGCUGAUGUUGAAUUCAGCCUCAUCCAGAGACUGGCAGCUGAAGGCAGAAUUUUAUUCUACAAAUAACAUACAUCCAAGAAACUGAAGCCAAGCUGUUAGCACAAGAACUGGCUGCUGGCAGCUGGCGCAGCUCUGCAGCUUGCUUCUCCCCUGCACUGCUGUGUGCCUGGGCUGGCCACUGCACCCAGCCAGGGGUCUUGGUGUUGGUUGUGCUGGGCCCACCAGCUUGGCUCUGCCAGCACGAGUGGCAGUGGGAGCUCAGUUUAGCCAGGAAGAUGUUUUCUGCAGGUCCAGGCCUUCACCAACCAGGACACCAAGGGACAGAAGUGGGGCUCACUGCUUGCUUUCAGAGUUCUAAGACUGCAUGGUUUACGUCCCAGCCGGCUGUGCCAAUGUAUCUGUCCAUGUACUGGGGCUGAAAUUUCCCCCCACUGAUGGCUUUGGGGGAGGUUUAUUGCUGUUCUUUGGGCAGGCAGGGAGGGGCAUCUUCCCUUCCUGUUUUUUUUUUUUUUUUUUAUAACUAAGGAGUAUUUUCAUUUCAAAGGAGACUAAGACAUGAAAAAAAUCAAGCAGCCUUAAGUUCAGCUGAAAUGAUCAUAUGUUGAAUAAACUUUGAAAGCACA